CCGCAUUUACUCUUUCCCUCAUCCACCCACCAACUACCCCAAAACCCUCUCCCCUUCGCUCCCCGCUCUAUAUACCACGCUCCCCUUCUUCCACACUGCGCACCCUGCUUUCUGCCUAGCUCUGUCUUGCAUGCCACACACCUAGGCACCUAUCUAAUCUACCUAGCCAAGCUUGGAACCCCACGUCGUUCCAAUGGCGGCCUCCUCCACGGCGACGGUGCUCCUCCUGGUGCUCCUCGCGUGCGGCGGCGCCACGGCGCAGGUGUUCCCGCGCGCGCCGUGGAACUUCACGUUCCCCAACGGGCCCGGCGACGCAGCAGGGGCCAGCGGCACCGGCGCGACGGGCGGCGGCGGCGGCGGGCCGUCGGUGCCGGCCAUGUUCGUGUUCGGCGACUCCCUGACGGACAACGGCAACAACAACGACCUCACGUCGCUGGCCAAGGCCAACUACCUGCCCUACGGCAUCGACUUCGCCGGCGGGCCCACUGGACGCUUCUCCAACGGCUACACCAUGGUCGACGCCAUAGCUGAGCUUCUGGGGCUGCCCCUGCUGCCCUCGAACAACGACGCCUCCAACGCCGACAGCGACGGCGGCGCCCUUCAGGGCGUGAACUACGCCUCCGCCGCCGCCGGGAUCCUGGACAACACGGGCCAGAACUUCGUGGGGCGCAUCCCGUUCAACCAGCAGAUCAAGAACUUCCAGGCGACGCUGAACCAGAUCAAGGGGAAGCUCGGGGCGAGCAAGCUGGCCUCCUCGCUGGGCCGCAGCAUCUUCUACGUGGGCAUGGGCAGCAACGACUACCUCAACAACUACCUCAUGCCCAACUACAACACCCGCAACGAGUACAACGGCGACCAGUACUCCACGCUCCUCGUGCAGCACUACACCAAGCAGCUCACCAGCCUGUACAACCUGGGCGCCCGGAGGUUCGUGAUCGCGGGGGUGGGGUCGAUGGCGUGCAUCCCCAACAUGCGCGCGCGGAACCCGGCCAACAUGUGCUCGCCGGACGUGGACGAGCUCAUCGCGCCCUUCAACAGCAAGGUGAAGGGCAUGGUGGACACGCUGAACCUCAACCUCCCGCGCGCCAAGCUCAUCUACAUCGACAACUUCGAGAUGAUCUCCGAGGUGCUGCGGAGCCCCUGGAACUACGGAUUCAGCGUGGUGGACCGCGGGUGCUGCGGGAUCGGCCGGAACCGCGGGGUCAUCACCUGCCUGCCCUUCCUCCGCCCAUGCCCCAACCGCAACACCUACAUCUUCUGGGACGCCUUCCACCCCACCGAGAGGGUCAACGUGCUCCUCGGCAAGGCCGCGUACUCCGGCGGCACCGACCUCGCCUACCCCAUGAACAUCCAGCAGCUCGCCGCGUGGCAGCCGUAGAUGGAGUUUCUUCUCGAGGGGAACCAGCUAGCUAGCCACUAGCUACGUACGUGACAUGCAGUGUUCUUCCGUGAGUUAAUUCCCAGAUUAGGUCUAUCUGGAGUACUGCGUGCUCAGUUCAGUUCAGUGCGUCUGUUUUUGAUCGAUCAGUCAUACGAGUGUGUGUACGGAUCGUUCAAUGGUGUUGUGUAUUGUCGUCGUUCUAAUGAUACAAGUAGAUGGAGUACCUCAGUAAUUAUGAGCA